GAAAGACACUACAGGCUAUUACAAUUGCAGCCUGUUUCAUGAAUGAAGGUUCUAUCCUAGUUGUUUGUCCAGCAGUUUUGCGACUUCAGUGGGCAGAAGAAUUAGAGCGCUGGCUUCCCUUUUGUUUACCUGCAGAUAUUCAUCUUGUUUUUGGUCAUGAAAAUAAUCCUGCCCGUUUAACAAGAUUCCCAAGAGUAGUUGUUAUAUCUUAUAAAAUGCUUCACCAUUUGCGGAGGAGCAUGACUGAGAGAGAAUGGGCUCUCUUGAUCAUUGAUGAAUCUCAUCAUAUACGUUGCUCCAAGAGAACAUCUGAACCGGAGGAGGUAAAAGCUGUACUUGAAGUGGCGGCUAAGGUUAAGCGCAUAGUUCUACUAUCGGGGACACCUUCUUUGUCAAGGCCCUAUGACAUUUUUCAUCAGAUAAAUAUGUUAUGGCCUGGUUUGCUAGGAAAGAACAAGUAUGAAUUUGCAAAAACUUACUGUGAUGUCAAAGUUGUCAAAGGUUAUCAAGGACAUCGUUUCCAGGACUUUUCAAGGGGUGUUCGCUUGGAGGAGUUAAAUGUGUUACUAAAGCAAACUGUUAUGAUAAGACGUUUGAAGCAGCAUGUGCUGGUUCAGUUACCACCCAAACGUCGACAGAUCAUAAGAUUGUUUUUGAAGAGAUCAGACAUGGUUUUAGCAAAAGCCACUGUUGGAAAGUCCAAUGAUUGUGCUUAUGAAAAGGAUGCUGCAGAAGACAUGACUCCUGAGGAUUUAGAUGAACCUGAUAGUGAUUUGCAAUCGUAUAAAGAAAAUGAUAAUUCGGCUUGUAGCAAAUCGGAGAAGCUCUCAUACCAAGAACUUGGUGUUGCAAAGCUCACCGGGUUUCGUGAAUGGCUUUCCCUUCAUCCCCUCCUUGCAGAGUCAGAUGGUGUUGCGGACUUGGAUUUGAACCCUAGUUCUAACAAAAUGAUAAUCUUUGCCCAUCACCAUAAAGUUCUUGAUGGAGUACAGGAGUUUGUAUGUGAAAAAGGGAUUGGUUUUGUCCGCAUUGAUGGAAACACACUUCCCAGAGAUAGGCAAUCAGCUGUACUAUCAUUCCGAUCAUCAAACAAGGUGAAAAUUGCAAUUAUUGGUAUAACUGCUGGAGGUGUUGGACUUGAUUUCUCAUCAGCGCAAAAUGUUGUGUUUCUGGAGUUGCCUUUAUCACCAUCAUUGAUGCUUCAGGCUGAAGACAGAGCUCAUCGGCGAGGACUAAAAAGUGCGGUCAACAUAUACAUCUUUUGUGCAAAGGACACAGUGGAUGAGUCACACUGGCAAAGAUUGAACAUAACUCUACGCCGUGUAUCAUCUACUACAAAUGGAAAAUAUGAUGCAGUGCAAGAGAUAGCGGUUGAAGGUGUUUCAUAUCUGAAAAUUUCUGAUAAAACUGACUCAGGCUGUGAAGAUCAAACUCUGGAUCAAGUGUCCUCUGGCAAGCCCUCUGAACAGUNAAUUUGUUGUCUUUUUUUGACAUUGAACUUUAUUUCUGUGGUUUGGCAGGUUGAAGGUGUUUCAUAUCUGAAAAUUUCUGAUAAAACUGACUCAGGCUGUGAAGAUCAAACUCUGGAUCAAGUGUCCUCUGGCAAGCCCUCUGAACAGUUAAUGAGUUUGGGAGAGUCAAAUUUAGCUCAGGACAUGCAAUCUGCUAAAGAAAAUGAUGAAGUAACUACAAAUAUGAAUUACAAAUCUGUUGAACAGAGUAAAAUUGAUGUUAUUUCAAGUGAAACAGAUGAUCUUCUUAUUGAGGCUGACAUAGUUCCAGAGCUAGAAAUAGAAAAGGAUUAUAUUUCAAUGGAAAAAGUGAAAGAAGCCACUCUUUCUGGUGGUGAAAUUGGAAUGCCUGAAAAGGUUUUUUCUUCUGAGUUGGUUAAAAGCAAUAAAGAUGAGGAUCAACUUGAAAAGGAAUUUAAAUCCAACCCUCAAAUAACAGAAGUAGAUGAUGUUGCAUUUCUUCCUCCAACUGAAGCUGAUGAAUGUUGCUCUAAUGAAGUGAAUUCUUUGCGGUUUGAGGUGAGUCAAUAUACUGGAAGGAUCCACUUAUAUUCAUGCAUUCAAGGGGAAGAUUCAAGACCAAGGCCACUGUUUGAGAGUUUCCGAUUGGAGGAAAUUGAUAACAAGGAAAGAAUUUCUAAAUCAUUAAAGGACAACCCAGGUUAUAGACAUGCCAUUCUGGAAUUCAUCAGUGACUGGAAUAAACUACGGCCAAUAGAACAAACUAAAUUACUUGGAAAGCCUUUGCAACUUCCUUUAUCAGUUGAGUUGUGCUAUUUGAAGGCAACCAUUAACCACAACACUGGGGGACUGCUAAAGGGUGGAAGCAAACGGCGAACUACACCAUCAGAUGAGAUUAGUCGUCCUUUGCCAUCAGAUGCUAUGUGGAAAAAGAUUCGUAUUUGUGGUGGCUCCAGAAAGAAGGAGAGAGAGUUCACUCAGGGCUGGACUCUAAAUGAUGAACCGCUCUGUAAACUCUGUCAAAAACCUUGCAAGGGUAACAUUGCCAAGACACCAGAAUAUUUUGAAGAUCUGUUUUGUGAUCUUGGCUGUUAUGAAGAAUAUCGCUUAAGAACUAGUGGCAGAUUCCUCCGUGAGGAACUUUUUCAAAUAGAACAUGGUGUCUGCACAAAUUGCCAAUUGGACUGCCAUAAACUUGUGAAGCACAUAAAACCUUUAUCAUUGGAGAGGCGACAGAAGUAUAUUGAGAAAGUGGCACCAAAUGUAGCAUGCCGGAAGAAUUUGCUUGAAAAACUUGUCAAUGAUCCAACCGAAGGCAAUGCAUGGCACGCUGACCACAUUAUUCCUGUCUACAAAGGUGGAGGGGAAUGCAGGUUAGAGAAUAUGAGGACCCUUUGUGUAGCUUGCCAUUAUGAUGUUACUAAAGCUCAAUGUGUUGAACGACGCUCAACUAGGGCAAAGGCAAGGAAACAACUCAAAGUGAUCAUGAGUGGCCUCAGAAAUGAUGAAAAUAAUGAUAUUACUGGCUCUCAUAAAAAGGACAAAGGGCAUCUGGAGAUGCAAGAAAACAUAGCUGAGGAUGAGCUUUUAGUCAAAGUUCCCGGAAGUUCCUACUCUGGAGGGCUAAGCAUUGUUACUGAAAAUGAAGACUUGAAGAAGUCAUCCGAAACUUUACAACCAGACCUUGAGUGAAGAAAUACACACCUGAAUGAUAUUUAUUAUAAGUAUGGCUGCUUCAACAAAAACCAUACGGCUUACAAUUGUACAGCAGCAAGCAAUAUACAAUUUGAAGCAGUUCAAAAUUUUUUGUAUCCUUAGUCCCUGGCUCCUUUAAGAUGGCUCGAGUCUUUGCUGUUUUGGAGAAAAAAUCUUGGGACGACAAUUAGGUAUUAGGAAGUACCAAGGACUGUUGAUUAUGUAAGCAAAUACUGUUAUCAUCAUAAUAAUAUACAAAUACGACACGUUGUCACUUUUUUGCCAGCAUUUAAUUCAUGUUAGCCUGAUUUUCAA